AUGAUCGCGGAGGAUUGGAUAAAAACGAAGAAAGCGGAAGAAAGAAGUAUGAUGAUUAAAAAAGCGCAGAAUGCACGUAUAAUUAUUACAUGUGGAUUUUGUUUAAUGGGAUUCGCUUGCAUUUUUAUUAUUGUUCUACCUAUUUUUGGCUUCUCAAUAAGACUGACACCUAACAUUACUGAUCCUGGAAGACCCAUGCCUAUACAGACCUAUUAUAUUUACGAUGUGACAAAAAGACCGCAGUACGAGUUAACAUUUGUUGUUCAAGCCGUUUAUAUUGUGCUAGCAAUGAUGUCUUAUACUGGAAUAGAUAAUUUUCUGAGUCUGCUUGUAUUUCAUAUAUCAGGCCAACUAAACAUACUAAAUAGACGUCUCUCAUAUUUGGAUAAAUAUAUAAAUACCUACGACGCGCUAAAGUGCUGUGUGGCAAAGCAUAUGCGCUUACUUAGAACAAUUGCCGUUAUUGAAGAUACAUAUAAUAUAACGCUUCUCGCACUAUUUUUAUACUUUGCUCUAUUCUUCGCUUUCUGUGGAUUUCGGAUUAUUAACUUAUUCGACGAGGGAAAUGAUAUGUCGAUUAUUCAUUUAAUAUAUUUUUUCGCUCUCAUUGUAAAUGCUAUUGUGCAUAUGUGUUUAUACUGUGCUCUUGGUGAAAUUUUGGUAGGCCAAUGUAAUGAAGUAUAUUAUGCGGGAUAUAAUAAUAAAUGGUACUCAAUGGAUCCAAAAAUUACAAAAGACUUGUUGAUUUUCUUAAUAAGAGGCAAUAAACCAGUUUAUCUCACCGCUGGAAAAUAUUUCCUAUGA